GGAUGGGAGUGGUUAGAGGAGAGGGGAGGGAAAAUGAAGGGCCUCCCUCACCGUUGCCAGGGCAACUUGAUGUCACGGUGACAUCACGCACCACUAAAAGCUUUUAACCGGAUUCCUCUCCUGCCUUAGGCCCCAUUUUGAGUCCUCUUUCAGCUAGGCUAGGGGGAAGGGCACAGGCAGGACGGUGGAGUGUGUGUGUGUGUGUGUGUGUGUGUGCGCCUUCUUGCAUGUAUCACUCCCACGCCUCACACAGCUCUUAGCACAGUAAAAGACUUUCAAAUUCAACCUCCAAAGAUCCUAUUUCUGCAAACACAGCCAGCACAGGCCAAGAGAACCAUUUUUAAAAAUGGCAUCAGAGGAUGGUUUCAGCUACCUAAUGCCAGGCCACAGUGAGAAACACAGGCGGGCCCCGAACUGGACCGAUGGUGAAAUGAAAGCCCUCCUGUAUGUGUGGGAGGAACACCACAACGAACUGAAAAUGAGCAAGAGGAAUGCCAAGGUUUACGAGAAGAUGUCCCAAAGGUUUUUCCAGCUGACUGGAGAGCAGCGUUUCAAAGAGGAGAUCAAGAUGAAAAUCACCAACAUGUCUUUCCAGUACAGGCGACUGAAAUCCACAGUGGGUGAAAGUGGGGAAACGCCGGACUGGCCGUACUAUAAACCCAUCGAGAAGAUCCUCUCCAAGCCGCUGGAGAACGGGCGGGUGAACUCUUUGGAGUUUCAGGCCUCGGCUGCAGGUCCCUCCACUUCCUCCCAGUCUACAGACAACCUGGUUCCCCAGUCAGAGGAGGGAAUCAUGGGAUUUCUGCCAGAGUACACAGGCUCCUCAGAUGAGAUGGAGAUAAAGCAAGAGCUGGACUCUUUGAGCUCUGACAGUGACAACACACAGGGCUCCAGCUCUCAUCCUAUUUCAGCCAGGAGGAGGCACGCCAACAAGCACCUGUCUAUGAAGAAGAAGAAACUGCGGGUGAUGCAGGCCAUGCUACAGCAACAAAAGAGGUCAAGCCGCGCCAUCGAGGAGACGUGCAGGGAGGUCCGUCGGGCCAUGCACCAACAGAACCUCCUCCAGGUCCAGUGUCUGCAGCUUCAGGAACGUAUGAUGAACCUCCUGGAGAAGAUGAUCCAGCCUCCCUCUACCACGUCAGCAUCAUGGGGUCAGAGUGGGGUCAAAGACCCAGGGAAGCCAUGAAGUAUGUGGGGCAU